UACAGUUCUCACCUGCAUUUUUUAUCUCGUUUCGCGUGACGCGUAUCUGUGACAUGUUGAAAUGUGUUGGAGGGAUGCAGGUAUAUGCUCGUGCGUGAAAAGCCAUGCUCCUUUUUACACCGUGAAAGCAGGAAGAAGAUGGCCGUAUCGUAAUGGAUAAUUUAUUAAGGUGAGAUUUUUCUAUACCUGAUUUGAUUUGCGUUUUAACAUGUUCUAUCCCAAGUCAUUAGUGGUCUUUUGAGUAAAAGUUUGCUUUCCUCGAACUUUUUUGCCAAGUUUUAUGGCUUGAUCUUUACUUUUCCCCUUCUGCUGUACCGCCAGGGAAUAACGAACAAAUAAAUCCACAUACUUGUGUACGUAUUUGUAAUUAUAAUCUAAACGAUAGAUAUUAAUUAGUAAUGAACGCAAUAAGAGACUAGGUCCACGAGAUCGUUUCGUAUUGAAUAGGUGAUCUUUAUCGUUAAUACUAUCCGUCCAAUAGUGUCGAAAUAUUAUCGUGUAGGCCUUGUGAAGCUUCGGAAAGCUUGAUGAAUAUUCACGUAGCGGGGGAUGAUGGAACUUGCAAUGCUGUUUGACUUGACGACUUUCUCGAUUCGCACGUGCGCUCUUGUAAAACACGUUACGAUUGCUGGGUUUCGUGAGGGACGCCAGCAACGCCCAAGCACCUUGCACCGGCCACCUUGCAGCACUCACAUAAGCAUAAGAUCUAUCUCUUCUCUCUCUCUCUUUCUGUUCUCUCUCUCUUCCUCUCUUUCUCUCAUCACCGCCUGUACGCAAGAUAUAUUUGUAAUGAUCACAAAGAACAGAGUCAAAAGACAAAGCUGUGUGUGUGCCCACGGGUCGUUCUCCGUUGCAAUGUCCUUGGGUUUUGUCAAUUUCAGGGAAGGAGGCGAGACCUUCGGCGGACUGUCGGGGAUGCUGCGUCAGAUCCUCUCGCCCUCGCCCGAGAUCGGCGAGGUCGGUAUGUCCGUCAAUUGUAAUCUCCUACAGACCAACUCGAUAUUCUCGAACCAAUCGUCGAUGCUAUCGUCGACGCUGCUCCCCCCGCAUUUUCAGUCCGUGUGCACGGACCAGUCCCUGCUAGAUCAGGUGCAAAUCUUUACCGAGUCCUAUCCGUGCCCCACGUGCGGGCUGGAGUUCCGGAGCGCCCUUAAGCUAAACUACCACAUGCGAACGAGUCACGCCGUGCGCCCGGAAUUCGAGCACGGUAUCGAGAGCCAGCCGCGGUACUCGUGCGGGGUCUGCUCGCGUACCUUCGUCGCCCUGAACCACCUGAGGAUGCACGAGGUGACGCACUCCGCGCCGGUGCCCACGUGCGCGUCGACCUCGGCCAGUCUCGCCGCGUCGCCCGCCGGCAACAUGGAGAAAACGUUCGCCUGCGAUCUCUGCCAGGCCAGCUUUCGUUAUCGCACGCUGCUGGAACGUCACCGGAGGAUGCACCAGGAGGUCAGUCAGGAGAAACCCUACUCCUGCCCGAGAUGCAUGAUGCGCUUCGAGACGCGCAACUUGUACAAUCAUCACGCGAAAACCCACAGGCCGUUGCCGGCGAGCAACGACAGCCGGAUAGUCGCGGGCGCCAACGCCGUGUCGUCGCCCGUCGACCCGGUGGUAGCCGGCAAUCUCGGCGUCGCCGUCGUCGGCCCCGGUCCCGUGAUCCCCGUCAAGUCCAUGCCCUCUUAUCCCUGCGACUCGUGCUCCAAGCAAUUCACCACCGCCGAGUCACUGACCACGCAUAAGGCGGUGCACAGGUCGCGGCCGCUGGUCUGCGACGUGUGCGGCAAGGGCUUCACGCAUCGCAAGUACUACGUGGUGCACCAACGCAUCCACACCGGCGAGAGGCCGUAUCUCUGUGCCAUGUGCGGCAAAUCGUUCACGCAGGCGUCGACGCUCACCGUGCACCGCCGUUAUCACACGGGGGAGCGUCCGUACACCUGCACGCUGUGCGGCAAGGGAUUUGUCACGCGAACGAUUAUGCUUAAUCACAUGAAGAAACACUGAGCCGACCGCGGGAUCGACGAGACUUCUUUUGCCGCGCGCGGAUUAAAUUGGAAGAUGCGACGGGCGUUCUAGGGAAAAUAAUGGUCUUGAUCUCAGAAUACAAUAUUUCGUCAACACUCUAGAGAAAGAAACCGACGAUGAAAAAUUUGUUUGUCAAUUCUGAUUUAAUUUCAAGCUGUUUGGUACAAUUUCAGAAGAAGGGAAUUUACAGCAGCGAAAGUAAAAAUAAUCAGCAAUUUGGUUACAACUGUCUAUUGAGACAGAUUUUAAUACUCGGUAUAUGAUUUUUCAAUAAAAGGAGGCCGUGGAAAUUGCAAGUACUUUUAUUCGAGUAAUUCUUUUUAUGGGAAUUUUAUAGAGUGUUGAUAUCCAAGUGCCUAAAAUUACUCAAGUUACUAUCGCAGUAUAAUAAGUCGAUAUAUAAUAUGGCGAACGAAUUAAAACGUGUAAAUUAAUUUUUUUUACGAACACGUCUACGUGAUAAUAUAAAUAAACUCCGUAUAGUUUCGGAUAAAGUAUAUUUAAUAAUCGAAUCAAAUCAAAAUCACGAUAAAAGUAAGCGAACGUUUACGUACUAUAAUCAUAAAUGUUGUCAUCACUGUGAUAUCGUUUGUAUAUUAUACAAGACAUUUUAAAUAAUGUCAAUAUUAUUAGACGCGACGUGAAACUUUCUAUCCUUCUAAUUGAAAGUUGAUAUGGCGUAAUUCAGUUUCUAAUAAGAGAAGGUUGGUACCUGCGCAAUAAUAUGAAAAAAAGUGCCUAAAAAGUUCAAUUUUUUAGAAUUUGUUUUUCAUCGUGAGAUAAAAAUCUAAGCCUGAAAAGCCAUUUCGAAGUAACUGAAUAAUUAUUUUUGUACUUCGCGUGGACAUAAAAAAAACAAUUUAAUUAUAUUAAACCGAUCGAUAAUUAAUUUCAACGUAAUUUCAGCUGAAUUCACGUGCCUUUAAUUAAUAUAGGAUGAAAGACAGGGUAGAACGUGUAACGUUAAUUACGUAAAUGUGACAUGUAAGUAUGAAGACGCUUAAAUCUAUCUAGAUUUAGUCCUAGAAGUUACAUGCAACUCGAAAGUAGAUUAAAGUAAAUGAUAUAUUUAAUGAUUUCUCCCAGAAAUUCCCAACUUGAGAGGUCGCUUUAUAAGUGUAUUUUUUUCCAUCAAUAUAACUUACUAGACUGCAUUUCUGCAAAACUUGCAUUAUGCAUGCAUCUAUACAUAUAUAUGUAUAUUGCCAAUUAGUUAAGAUUGACAAUAUCCUUGGGGAAAAGAUCACGCAUCUUAUUGCUAGAAUACUCUGAUAGAUGAUUGUAUUAUAUUUACAUUUUUUUAAAUAAAAGUGA